AUGAGGCCUCUCUCUAAACCACUCACCAUCAUCAACUUCACACUCCUCCUCUCACUUCUCCCUACCCUAACCCUCUCCCAAUGCCGCGACUCCUGCGGCGACAUCUCCAUAAACUACCCUUUUGGCCUCGACGACGGCUGCGGUGCCCCGCAGUUCCGCCGCAUGCUCAACUGCUCCACCGACCUCUUCUUCCUCACUCCCUCCGGCUCCUACAAAGUCGAGUCCAUCAACUACGACAAGAAAACCAUCGUCGUUUACGACCCCGCCAUGUCCACCUGCUCCAUCCUCCAGCCGCACCACGACUUCCUCAUGACGGACAUCCAGUCAGCCCUAAUCCCUCCGACCUCCGACACCGUCUUUGCCCUCCUCAACUGCUCUAUUGACUCCCCUGUCCUCAACCACUACAGCUACCUCUGCUUCAACUUCUCCUCUCACUCAUGCGACGAGCUCUACGGCUCGUGCAACGCUUUUAGGGUUUUCCACAUGAUGGCCAACACUACUUCGCCGCCGUGCUGCUUUACGAGUUACGACACCGUUAAGUUCAUGAGCAUGAAUGUCUUGGACUGCACGCAUUACACGACGGUGACGAACACGGACGGGUUGAGUGGGAUUGGGCCGCAGGAUUGGGUUUAUGGGAUCAAGAUGAGCUUCGCCGUGCCGGAUUCCGGUUGCGACAGGUGUGCGGCGUCGGGUGGGACGUGCGGGUUUGAUACCGAGACUGAAGGGCAGCUGUGUCUCUGCUCUAGUUCGUCGAAUUAUACUAGAGAAUGUGGUUUAGGCAGUGUGACGGCGGGAGUGAACUGUGCAACCAGCAGCGUAGGCUUCCAGGCAUUCUUUGUGAUCGUGUUGAUCUAUAAGUUAUUCAACAGUGUAGCACUUUUUUUUUAGGUAAUUAUUUCAUGAAUUAUUAGGUACGUGGCUAAUGGCUUCAUGUGUCAAAAUUAUAAUC